CCUUUGACUGGCCGCAACCUUCAAACGUUGCUCGAACAAAGCGACCCGGCGUUUCGCAGCCGCGGCUCUGCCGUGGCGCUCGACAUGGAUCCCUACGACCAGGCGCAUGGCCACGGGCAUGACGACGUGAGUUUGUACAGCCACGAUUCGCGCAAGCUGCUGCUCGAGUUUGGUGAGCUGAACCCGCUGCUGGACCACCUGAGCGACCUGACAAGCUUGGACGACGUGUGCUUUCCGGACUACUACGAGGGCCGCCGCGAGGGUGGCGCCACAGAAAACACAAUGUGGCCAGACUUGUCGGUGCUCGAGCAGUACAUUGUUGAGGAGCAGGAAGACUUGAAGGAGGCAAUGGCGGAUGUUCCGGCCGGCGUCAACUUCCAGUAUCCCGUUGCCCGCCAGGCGCCAUCGAUCGGGGACGUCUAUUCCGAGAAUGUGCUGCCUUCCAAUGAAGAAUCCCCGUUGCUCAACAGCGUGCACGUGGACGAAACAGAGCUGGUGCGUCUGACAGGCCUGUCGUUGCGCGUGCGCCCGAAGGCCAUCCAGCCCUGGGAAAAGUCUCGCGAGCACGUUCCCACGAUCCUCAACAAGAAGAAUCCCGAGGCUGAAUAUCGCUUCACGUAUUUCCGCGAGGACAUCGAAGGCACGCUUCAUGCGCCCACACUUUCAGGCCUUGUGGCCACAGACCAGCCGCACGUGCCUGGCGAGCAGAUCCUCGCGAAGUUGCACGAGUUGUUUUCACCCAGUAGCACUGUGGUCUCCGCGGGCCAGGGAGUAGACAGCGAGAUGCCUCCCUCGGCUCUGGGCACGGCUUCCCACUCAAGAGACGUAUCCCAGAGGCUCGACUCGCCCAUGCCGCUGGUAUCUGAACACCCCGCAUCUGCAUCCGGAAAUUCGGCACUUGGCGAGAAGCAUGUAGCACCGUUCUGGCUUGACGUCACAAACCCGCUGGAAGAAGAAAUGAAGGUCCUUGCAAAGACGUUUGGACUCCACCCGUUGACCACCGAGGACAUAUUUCUUGGCGAGACUAGAGAAAAAGUCGAAUUGUUCCGCCUGUACUAUUUUAUUUGUUUCACGUCCUUUGACAUUGUCUACGAGCGCCGCAAACAGCGCGCAAUGGAGCACGAGAAGAAGCUCACCAAAUUGAUGGAAUAUGAUCUGGAUGGGAGCAGCAUCACGCAGCGCAAGAAUGGGCUUUUAAAACGUGUCAAGCGCCUUUUUGGCGAUGGGUCCCGCUCGGGGAGGCCCUCUUCCAAGAUGUCCGUGGGGCAGUCAACUAUAUCCCGAAAUAACCGCAUUCGCAGCGGCGAGUUGUGCCCCUUGAACAUGUACAUGAUUAUUUUCGAGACGGGUGUUUUGACGUUCCAUUUCAAUGCUACACCGCACCCAAUCAAUGUCCGGCGUCGUGCACGUAUGCUAAAGGACCACUUGACAGUUUCCACCGACUGGAUUUGUUACGCGUUAAUUGACGACAUCACAGACUCGUUUGCCCCUAUGAUUGACAGCAUUGAGCACGAAGUGUACAACAUGGAAGAUGAAAUCAUGCGGAUGCAUUCGGGCGACCUGACUGACUCCGACCUGGAAGGUGAGGACUCAGACGACGACCGCAGUUACCUCGAGCGCCGGCCUACAAAACAAUCCAACGACGUAUUCUACAGAAGGCAGCGCUCCAAGUCCAUCGUGGACGCGCCUCAGGCCCUGCAAUUCUUGCGCAGUAGGGGAAAGAGAGGCUCCGGAGCCGAGUUCUUGUCCAUUGGAUCUGCGAGAUCAACCCGCACCAAGUCAUCUGCAUCGAGCUCCCAGUCAACGCUGUCCAAAAUCGUCGCGUGGAAGCGUAAGGGUGAUAUGUUGAGACGUAUUGGCGAAUGCAGAAAACGUGUCAUGUCCGUGAUGCGACUCUUGGGAACAAAGGCCGACGUGAUCAAAGGCUUUAGCAAACGUUUCAGUGAAAACGAGACGAUUUCGAGCCCCAAAGGACCGCUAGAAUCAAAAAACAACCGGUUGGCGCUGAAACAAGAAAUUUUGAUGUACCUUGGUGACAUCCAGGACCAUAUUGUCACGAUGGUGCAGUCGUUGAACCACUACGAAAAGCUUUUGGCCCGGAGUCACUCUAAUUACUUGGCGCAGCUCAACAUUGACAUGACCAAGGUCAACAACGAUACCAAUGACAUCUUGGGCAAAGUCACCAUUCUCGGUACCAUUGUGUUACCCAUUAAUGUGGUCACCGGGUUGUGGGGUAUGAAUUGUAUUGUGCCAGGACAAGACUAUGACGGCUUGAUGUGGUUCAACGGCAUAGUGAUGGCCAUUUCCAUGUUUAGUAUCAUCUGCUAUAUCUACGCCAAGAAGGUCACAGGACUAUGA